GCUGGUGUGUGCCUGUAUGCCAUCUGCACUGCUGGGUAUGUCUCGUGCAGUACUCGCAGAACGAUUUUCGUCCCCAGUGCUGCCAAGGCCUGUGCUGACUUUCGACUUCCAUCGCCAGGCCUUCCGAGCGCGCAGCUGGACAACCCCACUCCUCUCACUCCUGUGA